AUGAGUGGAAGAGGAAAGAGCACGAAAGCUCGCUCCACGCCUAAGUCUCGGUCGUCCCGGGCUGGCCUGCUGUUCCCGGUGGCCGGAGCGCCGGUCUAUCUGGCUGCGGUGCUCGAGUACCUGACGGCGGAAAUCCUCGAGCUGGCCGGCAAGGCGGCCCGGGACAACAAGAAGACCCGCAUCAUCCCCAGGCACCUCCAGCUGGCCGUGCGUAACGACGAGGAGGUCAGCAAGCUGCUGGGAGUGGUGACCAUCGCUCAGGGCGGGGUGCUGCCUAAUAUCCAGGCUGUACUACUGCCCAAAAAAACAGUCGCUGUGAGCACCCCUAAAAAGUGA